CCCACUACGUGCGCUAUAUAAAUUUUUCUACAGAUUCCUUUCUCCUCGAGAACUAAAAAAAAAACAAAACCUUUUUUUCUCUUAAAUCUCUCUCGACUUCUUCUCUUACCAAAAAAAAAAAGGUUUUUGCUUUUCGAGUUUAGCUAAGAAGAAAUCUUUCUAUCUUCCUUAAAUCUUUGAAACCCAAAAUGGGACCUCGUUGCUCUAAGCUCUCUCUCUGUUGGUGGCCGACCCAUCUCAAAUCAACUCACAACGACGCUUCUGAUCUUGAUAACGGAACAGACGAUUUGCCGUCGUUUACAGAGUUCAGUUUCGACCAACUACGAGCUGCUACUUGUGGAUUCUCUACGGACAGUAUCGUCUCCGAACAUGGUGUUAAAGCUCCUAAUGUUGUGUAUAAAGGCAGACUUGAGGAUGACCGAUGGAUCGCUGUUAAACGCUUCAAUAGAUCCGCUUGGCCUGAUACUCGUCAAUUUCUUGAAGAAGCAAAAGCUGUUGGGCAGUUGAGGAAUGAGAGGUUGGCGAAUUUGAUUGGAUUCUGUUGUGAAGGAGAUGAGAGAUUGCUCGUUGCUGAGUUUAUGCCUUUUGAAACUCUCUCUAAGCAUCUCUUCCAUUGGGAUAGCCAGCCAAUGAAGUGGUCUAUGAGGUUGAGAGUGGCUUUGUAUCUUGCACAAGCACUUGAGUAUUGCAGCAGCAAAGGUCGCGCCUUGUAUCACGAUCUUAAUGCUUACAGGAUCUUGUUUGACCAGGAUGGUAACCCGAGAUUAUCUUGCUUCGGUCUUAUGAAGAAUAGUAGGGAUGGGAAGAGUUACAGUACAAAUUUGGCUUUCACACCUCCUGAAUACCUAAGAACAGGAAGAGUGAUUCCGGAGAGCGUGGUCUACAGCUUUGGAACGCUGUUGCUAGAUCUUCUCAGCGGCAAACACAUACCACCAAGCCAUGCGCUUGAUCUGAUUCGUGGCAAGAACUUCCUGAUGCUGAUGGACUCGUGUCUUGACGGUCAUUUCUCAAACGAUGAUGGAACCGAUUUGGUUCGUUUAGCUUCCCGUUGUUUGCAGUAUGAAGCUCGUGAAAGGCCAAAUGUGAAAUCUCUCGUGUCCUCACUCGCUCCUCUUCAGAAAGAAACUGAUAUUCCAUCUUAUGUCUUAAUGGGGAUUCCACAUGGAGCUACUUCUCCAAAGGAAACAACUUCGCUAACCCCUCUUGGUGACGCUUGUUCAAGACUUGAUCUCACUGCGAUACAUGAAAUUCUUGAAAAGGUGGGAUACAAAGAUGACGAGGGCGUAGCAAAUGAGCUCUCGUUCCAAGUGUGGACCGACCAGAUUCAGGAGACUCUAAACUCAAAGAAACAAGGAGAUGCGGCAUUCAAAGGCAAAGACUUUGUCACUGCCGUUGAAUGUUACACGCAGUUCAUCGAAGAUGGUACAAUGGUAUCGCCAACAGUUUUUGCAAGGAGGUGUUUGUGUUAUUUGAUGAGCAAUAUGCCUCAAGAGGCUCUUGGUGAUGCAAUGCAGGCGCAAGUAGUGUCUCCUGAAUGGCCAACGGCUUUCUAUCUUCAGGCUGCUGCUCUCUUCAGCCUUGGAAUGGAUAAAGACGCCUGUGAAACCCUAAAAGAUGGAACUUCCUUGGAAGCCAAGAAACAGAACAACAGAAACUGAAAACUUCAAGUGUAUAGGUUUCUUCUAUAUUCCGUCUUCUUCGUUUUCUGAUUGGAUUCUGAGAAAGCCUCGUUGUCUUUGUUUUCUUGAAGCAUUAUCUUAAAUUUGUGGUUUCCAAUUUGAAGAGAUGAUUCAAAUCACAUUUGAAUCAAGAAAAGAAGGAUCUUUCUCAUUUAAGUACAAGAUCCUUAAAUGUGAUUUUUUCAAACUAAUUUCUUCAUCUGAAGUACAAAAACAGAUUGAUCACAACUA